CGAUAAUGUUUUCAUCAUCCAGUCGGGUUACUGACAUUGUUGCUAUUAUCAUCUGUAUAUCCUUUGUCGGAGUGAAUUGUUCUUUUAAGAAGAAAGAGGUUUUCAUAUUCUCCACCUCGAAAGACAAUUGGAAAUUUUAUGACUGGUCCAAAAUUACGACCGUUGUGCAGUUUGGCUACACCGACGGUGACCUCGUUCAAUUUGCUCAUUCCAGAAAUGUCACCGUCUCCUACGCAGCUAACUUUCCAACUUCCAUCCUCUACAACCACACAUCACUGAAGCUAUGGGCCGACGAACAACUUGGCUACAUAAAGUUAAACAACCUGGAUGGAGUGAACAUAGAUUUUGAGGAUGAGAUCAACUGUACAGACGUCUACGCCAGAAGUUCUUUCUCGAUACUGAUGCAACUGUUGCGAAUGAAACUGAAAGCGUUUAAACCAAAUGGACAGUUGUCAAUAGAUGUCGCUUGGUCUCCAAACAACAUCGACAACCGAUGUUACGACUACCAGACUCUUGCCUCGUACGCCGAUCUCGUUUUUGUAAUGUCCUACGACCAACGAAGUCAAAUUUUCGGCGACUGUUUAGCCGGGCCCAACUCCGCUUUCAACUUGAUGACUGAAGGAAUCAAAAGAUUUGUGGAGAUAGGAAUCCCAAGAGGAAAAAUUGUAAUGGGCAUACCUUGGUAUGGGUAUGAUUACCCAUGUCUCAAUUAUUAUCCGAUACCGAAGAAAUGCGAAUUGAAAAAGGUUCCAUUCCGAGGUGUGGCUUGCAGUGACGCAGCUGGGACACAAAUCGGCUACUCGACUAUUUUGAAAUACCUGUCCAACGACACCCACUACCAAAACAAUGUCUGGAUGCCCUUAAAGAGGAUCUGGAUAUUGUCUCAGGAUUGGGAUGAAGAUGCCAGAUCUCCAUAUUUCACAUACGAAGACCAGGCGACCCAAUCCUACCACCAAGUCUGGUACGACAACUACAUCAGCCUAUCGCUGAAGUACUCAUUCGCCACUUCACACGGAUUGGCGGGAGUGGGAUGUUGGGAAGCGGAUAGUCUGGAAUAUUCUAAUGAAACUUAUUCUAAACAAUCAACCGCAGAAAUGUGGCAGGCUCUACCGCGCCCAUCAUUUUGA